CCGUGACGUCGUAUGGAUUACCUCGACCACGUGACGUUGACGUCAUUCAUAUUUUGGUGAGACAUCAGGAAGUGCAAAAGAAGGCGAAGACCGAUACCAGAAAGGCUGAAGUUUCACUGCCAAGUUUUGCUUUAUUUAGCUACUUUUUGGGGGUAGAAAGUUUAAGGAUUUGAACAUAUUAUUGUUGGAUUCGCUAAGAAUCGACGGAAGAUGUCGGCCAUGGAAAAACAGCUCUUCAAUUUAAAGUUUGCUGCUAAACAACUCCAAAGCAGUUCAAAGAAAUGUGACAGAGAAGAAAAAACAGAGAAGGCCAAAGUUAAGAAAGCCAUCCAGAAAGGAAAUAUGGAAGUGGCGAGGAUCCACGCAGAGAACGCCAUCAGACAGAAGAACCAGUCUUUGAACUUCCUGAGGAUGAGCGCACGGGUAGAUGCGGUGGCAGCGAGGGUCCAAACUGCAGUUACAAUGAACCAGGUCACAAAAUCUAUGGCCGGAGUGGUGAAAAGCAUGGACUCUGCUCUGAAAUCUAUGAAUCUGGAAAAGAUUUCAGCUCUCAUGGACAAAUUUGAGCACCAGUUUGAAACGUUGGACGUUCAGACUGCCCAUAUGGAAGACGCCAUGAGCAGCACAACAACACUCACAACCCCACAGAAUCAAGUGGAGGGGUUGAUGCAUGAACUGGCUGAUGAAGCAGGAUUGGACCUGAACAUGGAGCUCCCUCAGGGACAGACAGGAUCAGUGGGUUCCAGCGUGGCCUCUGCAGAACAGGAUGAACUUUCUCAAAGACUCGCCAAACUACGCGAUCAAAUGUGAAGAACGACUGCUCCUGAACACUACCUGAAUAUUUCCCCCAAUGCCUUUUUAUCUAAAUCUUUGUUGUCCUCCUCCAUCUCGUUUGCCUCUGUCGAGAAGCUACUGUAUAAUUUCUUUUUUCUUUUCUCGGAUAAUAGCCUUGAUUGACUGUGUGUUAACCUUUGGACUCUGUAAGUUCACAGAGAUGCUAGUUUUGAAAAUUGUAUACAUUUCUUAAAUAUACACCAUUUACCAAUGAUCUAAUGUGACUUUAUUGUAACAUGUAUACCUAAGAACUACUUACAAUUUUCAAAUGUGGAGAGUGACAGUCAUUAGCCUGUAUUUAUUGGCCAUUUUCAUAUGCUUUUGGUGCAUAAGCUGAAGGUUUGGGGUUAUACAAUUCAACUUAUUGUUCAUAAGUGCAUAAUUGUGAAACCGUAUAAGCAUUUUCUGCUGUCUCCUUCUUACUGUUGAACAGAAUUCCUGUUUAGAUUUGUUGCAAUUUAUUUCUGAGGAUUAUUAUUUAGAAGAUAUUGGAGGAAAAACCAAUGUUGGUUAUCUUCAGUAUUUUCCCUGAUCAUUUGGGAAGGGGUUACAGUUUGAAUAUAUACAGUAGGCAACAAUAAAGUUUUAUAAUACUUUUA